AUGGGAGCAAAGAGAAACAGCCCCGAGUACUUGGAGGAUUGCUGCAGGUGCUCUCUGCUCCACCAUCUCACCUGUCUGCUUGUCCUUGCCCAGUUGCCUACCUGGGUAUCUACACAGAAGUUCCGAGUGGUUGGUCCUUCGGAACCCAUUGUGGUAGUGCUGGGUGAGGAAGCCACACUGCCCUGCUCCCUGUCCCCAGCCUUGAGUGUGGAGGACAUGGAGCUGAGGUGGUUUCGCACCAAGUUCACAGAAGCGGUAUUUGUCUAUCGGAAUGGACGGGAGCAGAAGGAGGAGCAGCUGGCUGCAUAUGCAGGGCGGACCUCGCUGGUGAUGGACUUCUUCACCCAGGGUCAGGCAGCUGUGCGCAUCCGCAAUGUCCAGAUGUCAGAUAGUGGGAUAUACAUCUGUUUCUUCAAAAAGGGAGUUUUCAAUGAAGAGGCCAUUUUGGAACUGAAGGUGACAGGGUUGGGCUCUGUCCCUGAAGUGCACAUCCAAGGUCCAGAAGAUGGAGGAGUGCUUCUGGUGUGCACCGCUUUGGGGUGGUUCCCAAAGCCCCAGGUGCAGUGGAUAGACCCCAGUGGAGAGACACUCCAGGCAUUCUUUGAGACUUAUACCCAAGACACGCAAGAGCUGUUCAGUGUGGAGACCAGGCUGAUGGUGAGAGACAGCUCUGUGGGGAAUGUGACCUGCUCCAUCCUCAACCCCAUCCUGGGCCAGGACAAGGCCAUGGCCAUUUCCAUCCCAGAGCCCUUCUUUUCUCAGGCCUUUCCCUGGAAGUUGACUUUUGCUGUGAUCCUGACCAUGAUGGGACUUCUCCUUUUUGGGGCUGGCUGUUUUAUCCAAAGAGAAUAUUCCAUAAAGUUGAAGGUGAAGAAGGAAAGGAAGAGUCUUCAGCGCUCUUGGAAGAAGCACCAGCAGGAAAAGAAGAGGGUGUUGAAGUCCAUAGCGAAGAGGAAGGCAGCUUACAUGGCUGCUUGGAAGAAGGCUCAGAUAUAUGCAGACUGGCGGAAGGAGCGGUUCCAGGCCUGGCCCGUCACUCUGGAUCCAGACUCUGCCCACCCCAGCCUUGCUGUCUCUCAGGAUAGAAUGACUGUGACCUGCAAGGACACGUCCAUGCUCUCGAAUGAUACCUUCAGUGUGUUGGGCCUUGAGGGCAUCUUGUCUGGAAGAUGUUACUGGGAGGUUGAGGUCAAGAAUACAGACAGCAAGUGGACUCUGGGGGUCUGUAGGAAAGAUGAACAACAGAAAGACUGGAACUUAAAGCUUCCUCGAAAUGGGUUUUGGAUUUUUGGACUGUCUGGCACUGGAUAUUGGGCCUAUACUGAACCCUGGACUUCAUUAUCCCUUAAACAGGAUCCCUGCAGGGUUGGGGUUUUCGUGGACUACAGUGAAGGCGAUGUCUCCUUCUAUAAUAUGAGCAACAGAUCCCACAUUUUCUCCUUCCAAAAAGCUUCCUUCUCAGGGACUCUUUUGCCAUACUUCAGCUUUACAUCUGGUGAUGUUUCUCUGACCAUUUGCUCCAUGGUGAGUGGACCUGAGGGGCUCUCUGUGCCCCUGAGACCUUCUCCCUCUGUGGAGGAGAUUCUCAGUGCCCCAGGAGAGGAGCUCAACUCAGGCUCUGCUGUGGAUGAUUCUCUCCCAGGGGCAGAAUUUCCAUUACUCCCCUGUUCCCCUGAAACGGUGCCUCCCUAGGGCCCAUCCUUGGCCCUGACAUUUCAGUGUGAGUCUUUGUGCAUCUGCAGACUCCGUGGGAUCAAAACCCUGAGCUGAGUGCCUAAUGGACCUGGGAGCCUAGUCCUGCUGCUUUGUGGUCACAUGUCUGGGCAUGUGCCUGUACAGUGAGUUCAUACUCAGUGUUCAGACAGUGAAGAUAAGAGCUGACUGUUCUUUGGGUUUACUUAGAGUAGGCUGGUUUUAACUAUGGGAGGUUAUUUUUCUUUUGGUAUGAAGCAUUUUCUUGGGCUUUCAUCCCAUUUGGUGUGAAAGGGUAUGAAGGUGGAAUGGCCCUGCACA